CCAAUUCCCGACUACCACACGGCAACAACCAUACUGCUUCCUUUACUUUUCUCUCUCUCCCCUCUUCCCCACCCUUCCAUCCCUCCAAGGCUCGCUCGAGCAGCCACUCUUCCCGAGCGCGCUCGAGGGAUCCGACCGAUCCCCCCGGCGAUCUACCCGGCCCUGCGCUCUAGGGAGGCUUACCCACCCAGGCGGAGAUGCUCUCGCUGCAGAGCGGCGAUUCGCGCCACCACGCGCCGCAGCCGCGGGCGCCGGCGCCGGCGCCGGUUCUCGGAAGCAGCGACGGAGACUGGCUAGGUUUCGGCCUUCCCAAGCUCGAGGAGUCGGUGUCCUCGUCGCCCCCCUCGUUCCUGCUGCCUUCGUCUUUGUCGAUCGAUGCCAGGGCCCAGCCCGAACCCAAGCCCAAGCAGCUUGGAGCUGUUGACGAAGAGCGGCACUUGGCACUUGCCCACCAGAACUAUAGAUCAGGAAAGUACAGAGAGGCAUUAGAGCACGGUAACAUUGUUUAUGAGAAGAAUCCACGGCGAACUGAUAACCUUCUCCUUCUUGGAGCCAUCUACUAUCAGAUUCGUAAUUAUGAUAUGUGUAUUGAAAAGAACGAGGAGGCUCUUGCUAUUGAUCCACAGUUUGCAGAGUGCUAUGGCAACAUGGCAAAUGCUUGGAAGGAGAAGGGCGAUGUUGAUCUUGCAAUUCGUUACUAUCUUACUGCCAUUCAGUUGCGGUCAAACUUCUGCGAUGCUUGGUCAAAUCUUGCUAGUGCAUACACGCGGAAGGGGAGAUUGAAUGACGCAGCUCAAUGCUGUAGACAAGCACUCGCAAUCAACCCUCGAUUGGUGGACGCACACAGUAAUCUUGGAAAUCUCAUGAAGUCUCAAGGUUUCAUUCAAGAGGCAUACAGUUGCUACAUCGAAGCAUUACAUAUUGAUCCUCGCUUUGCGAUUGCAUGGUCAAAUCUUGCUGGCCUGUUCAUGGAGGCAGGUGAUCUUGAUAAAGCGUUAUUGUAUUAUAAGGAAGCUAUUAAACUUAAGCCAUCUUUUGCUGAUGCACAUCUUAAUCAAGGAAAUGUUUACAAGGCUAUGGGAAAGCCUCAAGAUGCCAUUAUGAGUUAUCAGCGUGCACUGCAGGCACGUCCUGAUUAUGCAAUGGCUUACGGUAAUCUUGCUACUAUUUACUAUGAACAAGGCCAGCUUGAUAUGGCAGUUCGUUGUUACAAUCAAGCUAUAGUCUGCGACCCACAAUUCAUUGAAGCAUACAAUAACAUGGGCAAUGCACUUAAAGAUUCUGGAAGAGUGGAAGAGGCAAUUAACUGCUACAGAUCAUGCCUUGCAUUGCAAGCAAACCAUCCACAGGCUCUCACUAACCUAGGAAACAUCUACAUGGAGUGGAACUUGGUAACUACUGCUGCAUCAUUUUACAAAGCAGCUAUAUCUGUUACAUCUGGAUUAUCAUCUCCACUGAACAAUUUGGCUUUGAUAUACAAGCAACAGGGAAACUAUGCUGAUGCUAUCACAUGUUAUACUGAAGUACUUCGUAUAGAUCCUACAGCAGCUGAUGCACUAGUCAAUAGAGGGAAUACAUUCAAAGAGAUAGGUAGAGUUAAUGAAGCAAUUCAGGAUUACGUCCAGGCUGCAACAAUUAGGCCAACCAUGGCGGAAGCCCAUGCCAACUUAGCCUCCGCUUAUAAAGACAGUGGACAUGUAGAAACAGCUAUAGUUAGCUACAAACAGGCACUUCAUCUGCGCCCUGAUUUUCCAGAAGCGAUCUGUAACCUUCUGCAUACUUUACAAUGUGUCUGUGACUGGGAGAAUAGAGAUGCCAUGUUUCGCAACGUCGAAGACAUUAUCAGAAGGCAAAUAAAGAUGUCAGUGCUUCCAAGUGUUCAACCUUUCCAUGCCAUUGCUUACCCGAUUGAUCCCAUGCUUGCCUUGGACAUAAGCCGUAAAUAUGCUGCUCAUUGUUCCUUGAUUGCUUCUCGUCUUGGAUUGCCACCUUUUGUGCAUCCACCUCCUGUUCCUGUAAAAGCGGAGGGUAAAUACUGCCGACUCAGGGUGGGAUAUGUGAGCAGUGAUUUUGGGAAUCAUCCCCUCUCCCAUCUUAUGGGUUCAGUAUUUGGAAUGCAUAAUCGCGACAACAUUGAGGUCUUUUGCUAUGCACUUAGUCAAAAUGAUGGAACUGAAUGGCGGCAGCGUAUUCAGUCUGAGGUUGAGCAUUUCUUGGAUGUGUCUGCCAUGACCUCUGAUAUGAUUGCCAGAAUUAUAAAUCAAGACAAAAUACAGAUAUUAAUUAAUCUGAAUGGCUACACAAAGGGUGCAAGGAAUGAAAUUUUUGCAUUGCAACCAGCACCUAUCCAGGUUUCGUACAUGGGAUUCCCAGGCACAACAGGUGCUUCAUACAUAGAUUACCUGGUUACAGAUGAGUUCGUUUCGCCAUCUUGCUAUGCACAUAUAUAUUCUGAAAAGCUUGUCCAUCUGCCUCAUUGUUAUUUUGUCAACGACUACAAGCAGAAAAACCGCGAUUGCCUUAAUCCUGUAUUGCCACAUAAACGAUCAGAUUAUGGGUUGCCUGAGGAUAAGUUCAUCUUUGCCUGCUUUAAUCAGCUUUACAAGAUGGAUCCAGAAAUAUUUGAUAGAUGGUGCAAUAUUCUCAAACGUGUUCCAAACAGUGCCUUAUGGAUCUUAAGAUUCCCAGCAGCUGGUGAAACUAGAGUAAGAGCACAUGCUGCUGCCAGAGGAGUCAGGUCAGAUCAGAUCAUAUUCACCGAUGUUGCCAUGAAGACAGAACAUAUACGACGCAGUGCAUUGGCAGACCUUUUUCUGGACACCCCUCUGUGUAAUGCCCACACAACUGGCACUGACAUACUGUGGGCUGGCUUGCCAAUGAUCACUCUUCCACUAGAGAAAAUGGCAACCAGAGUAGCUGGUUCCCUCUGCCUAGCCACUGGGCUAGGGGAAGAGAUGAUAGUUAGCAGUAUGCAAGAGUAUGAAGACAGGGCAGUAGCCCUAGCACAAAAUCCGGCAGACUUGCAAGCACUGACCAAUAAGCUCAAGUCAGUCCGUAUGACGUGUCCAUUAUUUGACACAGCUAGAUGGGUACGCAACCUUGAAAGGGCAUAUUACAAGAUGUGGAAUCUGUACUGCUGUGGUCGCGACCCCGAGCCGUUUAAGGUGAAAGAAGAUGACGGUGAGUUUCCGUUCGACCGCUAAGCGGACAAGCUUUACAUGAUCGGCUCUGUAAAUACAGGCAAGAGUUGUAUGUAGCAUACCUAGCACCUGACUGCACCAGGCGCUUUGUUUGAUGGAGCCUGUUCUGAUGCGCACUAACCUAUGUACACUACCAGAAGAUUUGUGGAUGUAGUCUGUAUUGCUGUUACCAUUGGUAUUAGUUGGUCUAUUCAUGAGUACCGGUCUGGUCCUGGAUUAUUGUUGUCUUGUGAUACUGGAUCCGUGUGUUGCUGUCGCUGUGGCAAAAAUUAAUACAAGAAUCAUUGUUGAAGUGUU